AUGGAACUUAUUGAGAGUGGGGAGGACUCCAACGAGAUGGAUGACUUAACCUACGAAAAAGUUAACGAUUUUAAAUAUCUGGGAGCAACGUUAAGCACAAAGAUUGAUUGGUACAAGGAAAUAAGUAUUCGGAUAAACAAAGCCCAAAAAGUUUUCUACGCACUGAAAAAGUUCCUAACAUUCAAAAUGUUGUCUAGGAGAACGAAAUUAAGACUGUUAUGUGGCUAUUAUAAGACCGACUCUCGUGUAUGGCUGCGAAGCUUGGACGACAACGAAAUAGAGAGAAACCUGAGGACACUCGAGAACAUAGUAUGGAGGAAAAUAUGUGGCCCAUCAUCGAUGAAACAACGGGGAACAUGCGGAGGAGGUAUAAUAGAGAGCUAUAUGAUAUGUUGGGUUUAUCACCAGUAACAAGCUUUAUUAAGGGCCAAAGGCUGCAAUAAUUGGGGCAUAUAAUGAGAAGAGGUGAGAACGAAACAGUUAGAGCAGCAUCAAUGUGGAAGCCGAAAGGGAAAAACCUAGGAGAAGACCUAAGAAAAGAUGGAUUGAUGUGGUGGAAGGAGAUCUGAAAACCCUUGGAGUUGAGAAUUGGAAGAAGACAGUUCAAGAUAGAGAUAGGUUGCGAAGUGUAGUAAUGGCGACAAAAACUCUUAGAGAGUAG